AUGACAGCCCUCUGUUUCGGGUUUUUCCAAGCAGAUGUCACCAACAGCACACUUCCCAUCUACAGAACACUCAUCUGCUACUUUGCGCUCUUCUUACUUGCAGGCGUAUUCACCCUGUGCAUCACCUUCGACGCCCUUUGGAAUCGUAACAUAAUUACGCUCGUCGGCAUGCUCAUCUUCACGGCCCCUCUCUGCUUCCCCCCCGGUACCGAGGUCCGAGAAGUUCAACUCACUCAAAACAACGAUUGCCAGUCGAAAAACGUUGCUACUUGCAUGGACCUUUUCAACAUCGUCGAGCGCUUCCUCAUCGUCGUACCCGUCAUCAUUUUGCUCGCCCUCGUUGUGAAGAGCUGGUGCAUGAAGCAUCUAUUUGGAGAAUUUGGUUGGGCGGUGUUCCACACGAUAGGGGCCGAUCCCAGGAUCAAGCACAUGUAUCGAUUCUAUCAAGCAUUCCUCUGUCUACUCAAGUUCGAUUACUUCAUCUUGCUGGCGGUCUCGCUGCAACUCCUCAUCCUCGGGCUAGGGGGUGAUCCGAUUCAGGACCUCAUCCUCAUCGCCUCUAUCCCCGUAUCACUGGCCCUCCUCAUCGGCUGUGGCUGGGCAGUCAAGAAGGAGAACCGGAUCGUCAUGAUCAUCUGCCUCGUGAUCAUGGCAGCGGCGCUUGGGUAUAUCCUGUAUAAGACCACUCAGUUUUAUAUUGGCAGAUACGUCAGUGAUUACGUUCCGAACCGGCUUACUCUCACUUUCUUCACGGUCGUCUCCAUGCUCAUGCUCAGCGCUACAUUUUGUAUUGGCAUCCGGUGCAUGCUCUUCUUUGGCUGCGGCCUCAAAGAAGCACAGGGGGCCGCCUCUGAACGUGCUAGGAGGGCCAAACCCAUGCGUAGGGCCAGCUACCGCGAGCCUGAUGAGGAAGAGUUUAUCGGCGACUCAGAUGAGAAAAAGGGCGGUGCACUGCCUUUGGAAAGGAGGUUAUCCAUUGACUGA